AUGUUCUUUGCUACAUAUGUUGGCUGCGUUUUGUUUGGAUUAAUGUUAACUUCACUUGCUACUAGUGGGGUUCUGAUGAGAAGAAAAAAGGGGGAGGAGAUCACCAGAACCGGACGAGAGAAACCAUACAGAACCAGACGAGAGAAACCACACAGAACCAUCACCAAGAGACAAAGGAAACAACACAAGAAGGACAUUGCUCAAGAGGUCGUGAAGAAGAGGAGACGUGCCACGAAGAAGCCUUACUCCGGAUCAGUUGUUGGUGCCACCUUAGAGGUUAUCCAGAAGAAGAGGAGUGAGAAACCCGAAGUUCGUGAUGCUGCAAGGGAAGUUGCUCUCCGAGAAAUCAAGGAAAUAAUCGAGAAAACGAGGAAGGAAAUGAAAAGGCAGAAGAAAAAUGAGAUAAAGCAGGAGACAACAUGA